AUGCUAGCUGGCCUUUUCAAAUCAUGGUUCGCCGUCCUGGUUGUGACACAAGCUCAGCUACCUGGAGUUACUGACAUUCUUGGUGCACUUGACCAACUGUCGAGCUUUUAUACUGCGUUGCAACAGGCCGACUUGGUGGGUGCUUUGGAAGGAGCAGGCCCGUUCACAGUGUUUGCUCCCAGCAAUGAAGCGAUCGAUUUGCUGGGUCCUGGAGUUUUCGAGACGUUGAAGUCUGGACGGAAUUCAGAGUACUUGUUGAACCUGUUGCAGUACCACGUGGUGUAUGCCGACGUCCGAAGCAGGGACAUGACGCCCGGACAGACCCUGAUGACUUGGAGCUCAGAAACUGUAACCAUCACUGAAGUGGCGCCAGCGGUUCGCCUCAACGGUCAGGCUCAAGUGAUUCAGGCAGAUGUGGAAGCUUCGAACGGCAUGGUGCAUAUUCUUGCACGUGUCGCGCGGCCCCCCAACUACAACUUUCCGCCGCCGUUGCAGAACAUCCUUGAACUGACGCGGACAUCUUCGUACUUGGCCACCUUCUCAAGGGGUCUGCAGCUCAGCGGACUCUCCGAACAGUUCUCAGACCCUCGAGCAGAAUUCGCACUUACUGUCUUUCUGCCGACAGACACAGCAUUCCAGAAGCUGGGGCUGGGCAUAGCCACCUCUCUGAUGCUGGAUGCGAACCGGGAACACCUGCUCUCUUUGAUCCGCAACCAUGCAAUGCAAGGCGUAGUGGACAGUUCCUCGUUGUCACUUGGCCAAACCCUGAAGACAUUAGCAAACGGUGAAAUCUCAAUUACAUCCUUGGUGCCAACAAUGCUUAUCAAUGAGCUCGCCACUGUGAUAAGUCGUGAUGUCCCUGCAACAAAUGGCAUGAUUCAACUCGUGGAUACCGUUCUGUUGCCGAGCACAUGGCUCUAUCCGGACAAGACGAUCUUGGAAAUCGUUUCCAGAAGUCCAGAUUUGACCAUUUUGCAUAGUGCCCUUGUGCGAGCAGAUCUUGACUGGGUAUUUGCGAGUGCUUCUCCUCAUACUUUGCUUGCUCCGACGGAUACUGCUUUCCAGAAUCUGGGCCCGGGCGUUGCAAGCAGCCUUCUGCUCUCAUCCAACAAAGACGUUCUCGUCGAUCUGCUGCAGGCACACGUUUUCAGUGAUCACAGGCGCAGCACCGACAUGGUGGCGAGAGCCAGUGUGGUGACAAAAGACGGCAAGACGGUCACUGUGGAUUCGCUCAGUCCUCUGACUUUCAACGGAGCCAAGGCCAGCGUGCAGGACGUCCCUGCGACUAACGGACUUCUCCAUGUUUUGGAAGGAGUUGUGCUGCCGAAUGCUUGGCGUUUUCCACAUAGAAGCUUCAUGCAGUUCGCGAACAAGGAAGCAGAUCUUGCAGAGUUUACCCGAGCAGCGACUGCGGCGGGAGUGUUGGAAGAAUUCCAGAGCGAUGGCCCAUUCACCGCUUUUCUGCCUAACAACUAUGCCUUCUCGGCGCUCGGGAGUUCCCUGGCCACGCUGCUGCAGCCGGAGAAUGUCGAAAUGCUCCGGAGCGUCCUAAGAUACCACGUCGUCUCUGGGGGCCAAGCACUUCUGAGCAGUGAGCUCACAACUCCCCGAGAGCUUGACACACUGCUGCCCGGGACGACGGUCCGAGCCGUACCGUGGACUGACCUCGGCUGGGCAGGCAUCGCCUACGACAGCGCAUCGCCGCCCGUUGUCAUCAACAGCGAGGCACAGGUGCUGAUUAAGGACGUGCUGGCGACGAAUGGCGUAAUACACGUCAUUGAUAAGGUGUUAAUCCCUCCGGGUCUUGGACUCACGACGCCUUCACCUUUCACAACGUUCCAAAUUAUUGCAAGCAGUCUGGCCCCAGGCCCAGCGUGGAGCCUUUGGAUUUUGGUAAUCGCCGUAUACAUGAGCAGCCAAGCAUAG